AUGGCACACUCAUUUGCAAGUGCUGGUCAUCCAAACCCUUUGAUCGAAAAAGUGACUCAGUUGAUUGCUGGUUUAGAAACAUACGCUUAUUUCCAUAAAGAUAAAACUAAUCCUUUCAACAAUCAUGACAAUAAAAAAUCUAAUGAAUCAUUGAAAAUUGUAUACCUAUUACAUGGUAGAACUUCAAGUGCUGCUAUAAUUGAAGAAUUAGCUCAUGAUUUGAUCACCAAGUAUUAUAAAAUCUCACAAGAUAAUAUCGAACCAAUUGUUAUCAUAACUUUUGAUUUUAGAAAUCAUGGUAAAAGAUUAAUAAAUGAACUAAAUCAACAAAGUUGGAAUAAAGGUAAUAUAACUCAUGCUGCUGAUAUGAUAUCAUAUAUAGAUGGUGCUGUUGUGGAAUUAAAAACUAUUCAUGAUUACUUACCUUCAUUCGUCCCAGGUUUAAACAAAUUUAAACAAACUCGUUAUAUAGUUAGUGGUGUCUCAAUGGGUGGUCACACAACUAUUCAAUCUGUCACCAGAUUCCCUGGGGUUUAUGAUGGUGCCGCUCCAAUAGUUGGGUGUUUUGAUCUAAGUUCAUUAUUAUUGAACAGAUUGGGGAAGUUCAAUAGAAAGACAUUAUAUAAUGAAUCUUAUGGUAUUCUUCAAAAAAAUUUUGAUCAGGAAAAAUAUCCAAGAUCUUUAUUUGAUAUCGUUUCUAAAAAUGAUGCAUUAGUGGCACAUACUUAUGAUACCAAAAAGCUUAAAACUUUUGCAUUAUUUGGUGAAUUUGAUCCAUUAGUAUUAAUGGAUUAUUCUAUUCCAUUCUUGAACCUCCAUGAUACUGAUGUGAAAACAAGGGAUCAAUUUAAUCCAUCUCUACAAUUCCAAGCUUUAAAAUAUAAUGCUGAACAUGAAGUCACUGACGAUAUGACUGAUGAUUUAUCUAAAUGGUUAGUUGAAUUUUGA